ACGGGUGGUGAUAUGGGCAAACAAAAGAGAAAGCUUCGUGCUCUAGAAGGAAAGCACAAGUCUGCAGCGCUGACAAAUACCGAAAUACGUAGAAAAAGGAUAAAUGUUAGAGUACCUGAAACUUCAACAAAUAAUAUUGAUUCUGUCAAAGGAGGCGAAACAGUGUCUACUUGGCUUUUACAGCUACGGAAAAAGAACUUUGUAGUGUCGAGGUCAGCUCUUAGAGGGUUUAUUAAGGAUUUGAAGAACAUUCCUGUGAAAGAUUUAGAAGAACACGGCGGCAGUAUUGUUAACGCAGUGAUUCCUUGUAUUAUUGAUCCAGAUGAAGAAACAAGAAAAGAUGCUGUAAGAUUCCUUGAAAGUUUUCUUUCGACUUGUUCAAAGCCGGAAUUCUUACCAACCAGUUUUAUGGCUCACCUGAAGAUUCACCUUCGUCAUAACGGCGUCUCCGCUUUUGAAACAGGCUCACAGUUGAUCUGCCUCUUAAGGGAACAUAGGAAUUCGUAUCUCAGAGAUAAUCUGUAUGAGCUUUUAAGCCUUUUCGCAAGCCUUUUGGACCACAAUAUGCCAUUUUCCGUUGAAAGUUCGGAGCAACAGUUCUGUCUCGCAAUACAAUUGAUGGAAAGUUUCGAAGCAUUAUUGUGUACUUUUUUUGAAUCUGAUGGAAACAAGGCUGAAUUUGAGGAUUUGUUGAAGAACAAUGGUGUUUCUGAAGAUAUUCCUGUUGUUGUGAACGAUAUUGAUGCAGUCUAUGGAUUGGCGUUGCGUGACUCUGUCAAGCAAAAAAACGAGCAUAUUUCAUCUGAGUUGCUCAAACUUGUCAAUUUUAUUUUUCUUACGAUCCGAUCUUUUGGCAAGUAUCCUGUAGUUGCUAUAGGAGAUGGUCCAAGUCAGAAGAAGCUAUUCGUUGUUUUCAGCCGUCUUCUUCUCAUGGUUGGUAAAGUGAUUUCUCGCUUUGAACUUUCCAAGAAUUCCUUCGAGCAAUGGAAGGAUUAUUUGCCUAUUUUAGUUGAUACUUUGAAAUCGUUUCGUUUAGGAGAAACAUUGUUGGAUAGAUUUUGGGAAGAGAGUUUCCUUCGGUUUGCAGCAUUCUCAUGUUUUCUGUGCCAUUUUCUGAACCUUUCUGUGUUUUAUUAUUACCACUCCAAUCAUGUGAAACUGGUAAUCAAUGAAUGUGUAGAUAUAUGCAACGAGUACUUGAGUGUCUCUUCAGAUCAUGACAAUGGACAAUCACAAUGUUAUUUGGUCAUUGUAGCAAAUAUCCUUUGCCAUUUGAUAAAGCAGCUAUCUUUGAAUGAAAUAGUUCCUCUUAUGGAUGCAUUUAUAGCUCAUUGGAUGGAAGCGGAUAUUCGUUCACAAUGUGAUAUCUCAUGUUUAUAUUUGCUAUGGGAAGUUGUGAUGAAUCACGAUUUGCUAUGUAGAUGCAAAUGGGUGGACAAAAUGUUUCGCACCUUUUUAAAAGUUUCAUGGAAUACUUUAAGAAGUCAGUCUAUGGAGAGCUGCAGGCGUAUGUUUUACUUUUGGUUGGCUUCUGUUUCUCACUUACCUGUACAAUACAAAUCGGUUUACGAGGAGUCUUGUUAUUUGGUGAAAAAUUUUUUUGGAAAGAGAAAGAAAGAAAAUGGUAAAUAUUUGUUUGUUCCCGGACCUGCUGUUUUUCUAGAUAUCGAAAUGAAACGGGUUGCGUUAUCGUUGCUAUUUCAUACUGGUCGAUUUUGUUUGGAAGUUGCUGAAGUUCUCUUAGUAUGUGUGCAGCAUCCCAAAUGUAUAGCAGAUCAAAGUUCAUGGAUGAUCUUCGGUUACUUUUUUGAGUUAUUAAGACGUUUCUCAGACUCUUUAUCUUCUGAAGAUAGAUACUAUAUCGCAUGUUUGAUUGUCAUUGCGGUUUAUCGUUUGGCUGUGAAUUAUCCUGAACUGGAAACAACGGCUAUCAAAAGUGGACAAAGAUGUUUGGUAGAAUGUCAAUUGGAAGAUAGUGGUGUUGAAAGUAUGAGAGAGAUUCUGCAGUCUGAGAAGAAUUUAUCUGCCCAUAUGGUUGAAAAGGUAUUAUUGGCAAAGGAGGAUGCCCAUUUUGCCACUGGAUGAGAAAUUCCCACUUUUCCCAAAUUCCG